AUGACAAUAACUAACCAAAGUGAGAUCAAAGUGAAAGAAAGCCCAGACUACAAAGAGCUCAUGCAUUUGGUUUCAGAAGAGGAAACCGAUGCAUUCUUCAGAUUCACAGAUGCUAAAGUUUGUGGAUCCUCGUAUACAUUUCUACCUGAUGACAAUAAGGAACAUAGGACAGCUGUGCAUCGUUUCCUGAGCAAAAGGUUUGGUAAACUGGUGGAAACAAAGACCUUCACGGAGCAGGGAAACCCAUCGAUCUGUGUGAGACUGAGAGAGAAGGGGAAUCCAAAGAAGAGGACAGCUGAGGACUGCAGACAGGAAGAUGUUUACACAGCAUUCACUUUAUGUAAGGAGAAUCUAGAAACAUUAGAAGUGAUCAGCUUCAUGGCAUCUGAGCUCGGAGUGCUGCCCUCUGACUUUUCAUACGCCGGCAUCAAGGACAAGAGAGCCAUCACCUACCAGUCCAUGGUGGUUAGGAAGGUGUCUACAGAUAGGUUGAAGGAGAAGGCCUCAGAGUUUGAAAGAAAAGAAACCCUGGUGAAGGCGGCGGUAGAAAAUGUCAAGUGUGGCUUUGUAAACUACUAUGGUCCACAGAGAUUUGGCACUGCCCAGACAGUUCAGUCGGAUCAAAUAGGACUGGCACUGCUUAAGGAAGACAUGGUCGGUGCGCUUCAUCUGUUCUUUACUCCAGAAGAAGGAGAUGAGCCUCCAAACAAAGCCAAACGGCACUUUCUUCAAACAGGAAAUGCUAAGGAAGCCCUUCUGCUAAUGCCUGAGUCUAAAGCGAGGGAACGCAUGAUGCUCCGUGCCCUGAACCGGUUUGGAACGGGUCCAGACGGCUGCGCUCAGGCCUGGCUGAGUCUGCCCCACAGCAGCCGCAUCUUCUACUUACACUCCUACUGCAGCAGAGUAUGGAACGAAGCUGCGGCUUACAGACUGAGUACUUUGGGCAGUCGUGUUAAACAAGGCGAUCUGGUGCAGGAGGUGGCCGGCACAAUGGAUGACCGCAAUGGCUCAAAUCAGAUCCAUGUUGUAACCGAGGAGGAGGAGGGAAAUGGCGUCUUCACACUUGGACAAGUGCACCUCCCAAUGCCAGGGAACACGGUGAAGUAUCCGGAAAACUCCAUGGGGUCCUGGUACAGGGAGAGACUGGCUCAAGAUGGACUGGAGAACAGCCGCUUCAGAGUCAACAGGCUCAAACUCAACGUGCCUGGCUGCUACCGCCCUCUGCUGGCCAAUCCACGCAACCUCAGCUACGAGCUACAAAGAGGAGACAUCUGCACUGAACCAGCCAAACUAAAUCUGACUUUACAUUUUGACCUUCUCGCCUCCUGCUAUGCCACCGUUUACCUCAGAGAAGUCAUGAAGUUGGAAAGUGCUCCAGAAUAG